CCGCCGAGGACGACUCGUGGAGGCCGCGGAGGCCACCGUCCAGCUGGAGCUGCGAGGAGCAGCGCCGCGCCGGCGCCGGCUGUCAGGUGUCGGCAUGGCCCGCCCCCAGCCCCCCUCCCUCUGAGCGCCGCCCGGGGCCAUGGACAAGCACGUGAUUAAGGAGGAGUUCGGUGGGGAAGUGGGGCCCUCGGAGGCCCUCGGGACGCAGGGGGGGAAGGAGCUUGGGGGCCCGCAGGGGCGCGGACAGCUCAACAGGAUACGACGGAAAGGCCCCGCACUCAAGGCCGGCAGCCGCUCCCCGAGCGGCUCUCCGCCGGCCAGCCCCGGCGCGGGCGAUCGCGACCGGGACCGCGACCGGGACCGUGACGCGGCGCUCUCGCCGCACGCCGCCAGCCCGCCGCCCAGCGCCGCCGCCACGGCCGCCGCGCUGGGCCUCAACGGCUACACCAGCCGCCUGCUCAACGGGGGCUCGCCCGGCCCCGGCAGCGCCAGCAGCGCCGACAGGAAUGCAGGUGGCGCAUCCCCGCCCAGCCAGCCGCUGUCCCUGUCGCUCACGGACAGGCCGGCCCGGGAUGGCGGGGCCGCGGGGGCCGCGGGGGCGCCCGGAGGGGCGGCGGCCCUCUCCCCCGCCCGCUCCCUCGCCAAGAUGAAGCGCUUCCUGUCCACGCUCGUGCAGUUCGGCGCCGACAUCUCCCCGGACACCGGCGAGCGCGUGCGCAGCCUCGUCUUCAGCCUCGUGGCCAACGGGCUGACGGUCGAGGAGUUCCAGCACGCCCUGCAGGAGGUCACCAACUUCCCCCUGCGCGGCUUCGUGCUGCCCUUCCUGCGGGGACAGCUGCCGGCGCUGCAGCGGGAGCUGCACGGGCUGGCCAAGGGCGCGGGGGAGACCGCGCUGCAGUACCUGCGCCACCACGAGCACCUGCUGCUCGACCCCGGGGCUUCCACGCCCGGAGAGGCGCUCGACAUCUUCCACGCCGAGGCCGCGGGGACGGGCAGCAAGCAGGCCAGCAAGCGCGCCGCCCCGGACAGCCUGGAGGACGCCGAUGAGGCCGAGAACCUCUCGGCGUGGCCCAAGCGGACGCACAGCAGCGCGCAGGCGGAGAGGACCGCGGAGCGAGAGCGCGAGAGGGAGCGGGAGAGGGAGCGGGAGAGAGAGCGGGAGAGGGGCGCCAUGGUGCGCGGCGGGGUGCUGCAGCCGCGGGCCAGGCACAUCCCGCCCAUACCGCACCUGCAGCUGCAGACGCAGGUGCACCUGCACCAGCAGCACGCGCAGCUGGCCAAGGAAGCCGAGGAGCGCCGGAACAACGAGGACGAGUGGAAGAACAUCAACGUGAGCUGCUGGAACUGCGGCCGCAAGGCACACGAGACCUGCAGCGGCUGCAACGUGGCGCGCUACUGCGGCUCGUUCUGUCAGCACAAGGACUGGGAGACGCACCACCAGGUGUGCCGGGCCUCCUCCGUCCCGGACAGCGCCGCGGCCGCGGCCUCUGCCCUGUGGGCCGCCACGGCCUCCACCGCCGAGCAGCGCGCCGCCACGGCCUCGGCGCCGCCCGCCCCGCGGCCGCCCACCUCGCCGCCGCACAGCCUGGCGCCGGCCCCGAGCGCGGUGGCGCAGGCCCAGCUGCACGGCGCCCUCGCCGCCAUGGUGGCCGUCAGCAAGACGAGUCCGCAGAAGUGACGACUGCAGGUCCGCGAGGGCCGCUCGCUGCGCGCGCCGCGCGGCCUCACCUGGUGACCUCGCCCGGUGACGAGCCCUCGCGGAAGAGAGAGGAGCGGACACAGUGCCAUAUACUUACCAGGAUAGCCGCGGCUCCGCGGGGUGACCCGCGUUGGUGCGGGGCGCGGGGCCGCGGGCGGGACGGGGCACACCGGCUCUGCGGACCGGAAGUCGUUGAGUUGCACCAUCGUCUGAUUGCCAAUAGCAGUGGUGGCCCCUCUCCCGCCCCCCCUCAGGAACAUUCCAGUACCUUGUCAUUAGAAAUACGAGUAAACCAGUAGUUAUUUAUGCUUAGGCUAUGAUUAAGCUAUCUUGUGAUCCUACAUGUAUACUCCUCAUAAUGUCUCAUCCAGUUUACGUAGAGGGUCGUUCUUUCAUGGAUGUCACUCGUGUUUACAGACUAAAGUUUCUAGUGGUAUUUGUGUUGUUUUUUUUGUUAAGCUAUUCUUUAAACUUUUUUAUGUUUUAAAACAAUGUUGAGUUAAUGAUGAGGUGAUUUUCUGAACGCCACAAAGGUCGUGUUGUAGUUUUUUCCCCUAUAGAAGUGAUGUUCUAGUCUGGUGGAACUUUACAAGUUGAGUUGUUAAGUAAGAGGAAGUAUUAGUUAACUAAUGUGAACCAGUUUUACACAGCCAUUAAAGUUUCAGAUUUCAUUCCAAAUUACCUAUUCAAUCUGUUUGCCAAUUAUUAUCUCAUUAAUUUGUUACAAUCUGUAUGUUACUGCACAGUGUUCACCAUAAUGUUUUCCUUGUUUUUAUCUAAGAUCUCUAAAUGUUAUUU